GACGUGCCGUCAGCGCCUGGGAGCUGCUCACAUCAACAAGAGGAUAAAGCAUUUCUCUCCACAGCAUCUCGUCUGUAUAAAUACCUCUACUGCUCGCUACUACCUACCAGAAUGAAUGUGGGUGUGGCACACAGUGAGGUGAACCCAAACACUCGGGUGAUGAACAGUCGAGGGAUCUGGCUGACCUAUGCGCUUGGUGUUGGAAUACUUCACAUUGUGCUCUUAAGCAUACCCUUCUUCAGUGUGCCAGUGGUGUGGACUCUAACUAAUGUCAUUCACAACUUUGGAAUGUAUGUCUUUAUGCAUGCAGUGAAAGGCACACCUUUUGAGACCCCUGACCAAGGAAAAGCCAGACUUCUUACACAUUGGGAACAGCUUGACUACGGUGUGCAGUUCACUUCAUCUAGAAAGUUCUUCACCAUCUCCCCAAUCAUCCUAUACUUCCUGGCAAGUUUUUACACAAAGUAUGACACAACACACUUCAUCAUAAACACUGCCUCACUUUUGAGCGUCCUGAUUCCCAAGCUGCCACAACUACACGGAGUGAGAAUUUUUGGCAUCAACAAGUAUUAAAGAUAUUGUAAAUGCUGUGCUUCAUACCAACCGAAGUUGAUUCCUAAGUAGUCUGUACCGCCAAUGUGUGUACUAAGUCAUACAGUUUGUGUAAACGUCACUGUUACCGUUAGAUUUAUCAGGUUGAAGAUGAAAUGUUUAAAAAAAAACAAAAGUAUGUUUGUAGAUGACAGGAUGCCAUACAUUACUAACUUAUGUGAAUAUUUAAUGGUUUAUUUUUUGCCUGCAUAGACCUGGGCUGGCCCAGGCAUCAGUGAGGCUUUUUUUGGUUUGUUUUUUGUUUUUUGUUUUUCUUUACCCUCAAUUUACAUUGUGUGAGUAUGAGUCUGUUUGUAGCCACAAAGAUGUCCCAAAUGUAUUUUUCAAAGAUGUUUACUUCCUAAGGGUAGGAGCCUGUGGCUCGUUUAUUGGUACACUCUCAUUUUGUAAUGGGCGUCAACUUUGUUCAUGCUGAGUGAAGAAUAGAACCCUACUCUUUAUUUGCAUGAUUUCCUUGGUAUGUGAAUCAUUUCUCACUUGUAACUCAAUCAAAACAGGGCAAUUUUUUUCAUUGUACAGUUUUUUGUGAAUGCUAUGUCCUGUGUAUUAAAAUAGAAGUCCUGUAUGUAGAAAUGAGACAAACUGUUAUUGUCAGGUUAAGUGUUUAGUGAGAGAGGUCUAAAGUCUCUUUGUGAUAAAAUUACACUUAUGUAGCUGCUCUCUAGAGAUUAUGACUUUUUGCUAUCAUCAAGGCAGCUAGUUCUGCUUUGUUUGGCCAUAGCUCAUAGUACUCAUAUUUCUUGUUCUUAAUCUUAUUAAAAUCUUUGUGCCCGCCAAAUCUUCCAUCUCUCAUUUUGCAUUGCAUGGUUUCCAAUGAUAGAAUUUCUGGAAUGUAAUGAGACUUG